AUGUCUGAAUACUCAUACGAAAGCGUCGAAAAGCACCACAAAAAAUUCCACGAAACAGACAAAGAGGAAUUAAAGAAACACGAAUCUCAUGUUUCUCACCAACUUGUGGCCGGUGCAGCUGCUUUCGAAGCAUUCAAGCUCUAUCAAAAGAAGCGCAACCCUGAUGAAAAACACUCAAAUGCCAAGGCUGCUUUGGCCGCUCUUGUAGCUGCUGAAGCUGAUAAGCUUAUUGAAACCAAAGGAUUGGACUUUGUUGACAAACAAAAAGCUCAUCAUCAAGCCAAGAAGGCCGCGGAAGAAAUGUACAAAGAAAAAUACGGCGAUGACGCUCUCUAA